CCGUUGGCUUCCGGCCGUGUGUGUGCGAUACGGCUGUGGCCAGGUGCGCGGGGACGAGUCGUUUUUACCGCGUCGAGAGAAACCUUGUGCCGUGCGCGUCGAACGGCGGUGUCGGACGUCGGACGCCGUCGGACGGGAAUCGUCGCGUUAUCCUGGUUAUGAGAUUGCCGCGGCGCGGGAGACACGCCGCGCGGUUACGUUAAACGCGGUAACCGGAACGCCGAUCGGCGGCGUCGACGGGCAUAGCCUCUCGCGGCCCGACGUCGGGAUCCCGGUGCUGCUGGCGCGAACACCACCGCGCGCACACGGUCCGUCCGUCGUCCCGUGCCACUUGGCGUGCGUCGCGCGCGUGAGAGAGCGCGACAGCGAAAGAGGACGGGAGAGAAAGAGAGAGAGGGAGAGAGCGUUGUCCGUGCGUCCGCGGCGCGUCGAGAAGGCUGAGGGCUGAGGAAGAGGACAAGGAGGAUAAGGAGGACGAGAAGAGGGAAGAAUAAAGAGAAUCGUCGCGAUCGCGGCCGACGGUCGCGAUGCCGCUUCUACGCAAACAGCCGUUCCAGCGGCUUCACGUCUCCUCGGACUUCAGGGACGACGACGAGGUCUACCACUGCGAGGUUACGAACGAGAUAUUCAAGAACUACAAUGAAUUUUGCGAGCGGAUAAUCUUGUGCAACUCCCUUAUAUGGUCAUGUAGUAUCACAGGUAAAACUAAUAUGACAUUCGAGGAAGCUUUGCAAUGCGAAGAAAAUGCGAAGAGGAGCUUGAAAGAAUUCCCAAUGGAGCUGCGAAUCCCUAUACUUUAUCUGGCUAGUAAAACAAAUAGAUCUUCUUUCAACGAGAUGAUCGAAGACGUUUACCAAUUUGCGAGAGAUCGCUAUUUUGUAGGAGAAAUGGUAGAAGCUAGCUUUACCGACGACGCUUGGUGUAACUGUCAUGUUCUUCAAGUCAUCGUACCUACGGAACAGCAAAUUAAGGCAUAUAUGAAUGAAAAUGGCAGAAGUCUACAGGAACAUUAUUAUCAUCCACCAGCGAAGUUAUUUCGUUACGAGGUAGAACAAUUAGAUUCUGGAGAUUCUGACGUCAGUCAGAUUAUGAUAGUGGAAGCGUCUCAGGUCAGAAGACGAAAGCAGCAUUACAGCAGAGAUCGUAACAAGAUAUUUCUUCGUCAACUCUGUGAACAAAAUGAUAGCGGUAUAUGGGUUGUCAAGGAAAGUGUUUUGGAAAAAUAUGGGAUUAACAAAGUACGUUUUGAUACCAUAUUUGCCGGGACACUCCCAGAUUUUACGGUGCGUGUAAAAAAAUCGGUCAAACAAAAGCAAGAAUCCAUGGAUAAAUUUCUCACCUCAAAUGUAUCAAAACAAAAAACACUCGAGAAAGCGGAUCCUCUGAAAAAAGUGAAUGAUACUGCCGUGGUGAAGAAAUUCCGGAAACCAAGAACGAAUGGCAAAUUCAAAGAGGAACUUAAGGCAAAAGCUUUGGAGGAGAAAGCGAAACGUAAAGAAGAAAGGGAGUUGAAAAGUGAGCGUAAAAAGGAAAAGAAACAAAAGUUAGCGGCUUUAGCUGCAUAUAUGAAACAAUGGAACAAACCGAGAGAAGAUCUCGAGUGUGAAGAUCUUAGUCCCAUUCCCGAACCUACUGUCAUUAAGUGCAACAUACCGAACGAGAAGUUUGGAGAUUUCGCUAUGAUAACGGAAUUUCUUGAAUUUUUUAAUGAAGAAUUAGAAGUGUCCGUAUAUUUUCCGGGAGGUUUUAAUUUGGAACUAGUGGAGAAGGCAUUGUUGACCAAAGAAGCGUCGGGUCCGUGGAGCGAUCUUUUACAACUGUUAUUGUCAAAUAUAUUCAAGUACCAAGCUGGAGAAGACAAUGAAAGUGAUGCGCAAGCAUCCACUUUGUUGGAUGACAUUAGUGCUUAUGAAGGUGCAUCAUCAAUGGCAAAAGCCAUCAAGCUCGCUACAUUGGCUUCUAGAUGGUGCUCAACUUAUCAGGGAUGCAAAUUAUCAGAACUCACAUUGGAUCAUGUAACUCUGAGUGAGAUUUUGAGGCAACAUUUACUAAGCUCCGGGGGACGUAUAAGCGAAGCCGCUUCGAAAUGGCGAUAUUCUCAAAAGGGUGGCUAUACAAAUUUUGAUGAACCAGCACUUCUUUUGAGGCUAAAUGAAGGCUACCUUUUGCGAUUAUUGGGCCAUCGUAAUGUCUGCGAGCUUGAGUUAGACGACAAAAUGAAGAUUGUCACAUGUCUGAUCAAUCAGUUGCUUGCAUUUGCAUCGAUACGCGAUGCAAUUGAGGAGCGAUACGAUAAAUUGCAUCAAGCGAAAAAAGAAUUGAAAUUGUUCUUGCUUGCCGAACAGAGAAAGGAGAAGGAGGAGAGAGAAAAGAUGCGAGAACGCGAGAAAGAGGGAAAGCUCGAGGAAGAAGAGCCGAAACCGAAAAAGAUCACGCGUGGUAAUUACGAAGAAGGAAAGAAAAGAGAAGAAUAUGAAAAUAAACUAAAGGAACUACAACAAGCGUCAAGGGAUGACAAAAUGAUGAUUUAUUUAGGUGCAGAUAGAGCGCAUCGAAGAUAUUGGAGAUUUAUAUCUAUACCAGGAUUAUUUGUCGAAAAUGACGAACUUUGGCCUGGAAAUUGUCUUCCCGAGGGUACGCCGCACCAUCCCGAGUUGCAAGACAAGGAGGCAACCUACGCAUAUCUAAAAAAUAAAUUUGAGGAUGAGUUCAGUGACAAAGAAAAUAGUUUCAAAAAAUCGAAGAAAUCACCCAAGAAGCUUCUAUCCUUGGAUAAAAAUGGUGUCAAAUCGCCACGGAAAGAAUCAAGCCCACGGAAAGAAUUUAAACAAGAUCUCACCAACAUCAAAAGAAGUUUAGUUCUGUGUACAGGAGACAAAGAUUGUCCUGUUCAUUGCAAGAGAUCACUGAUAAAGUGGAGCUUUUACGGAAAUCAAGAAGACAUUCAAGCGUUAAUAGAUAGUUUAAGUACAAGGGGUGUCAGGGAGAGCGAGCUUAGAAAUAAUCUUUUACAAGAGAUGGACAAUUUGCUCCUCGUUAUCGAUGAAUGUCCUAAACACAGAUUAAAUCCUGAAGUUUUUUCAGACUCGAGUAAAGGGCAAAUUAAUAAGGCGGUUAAGAAAAAUAAAUAUGAAAAUGCAAACUUGAAUUUUCCUCCUGAUAUGUCGAUCGACGAUGUGAUGGAAUUGACUUUGAGAGAUCACAUUUUGGAUUUCGAAGACAAGAUCAACUCGGGUUGCCUAGGAUCCCUUAAGAUUAUCAAUCGUGCCAUCUGGAGGAACGCGAUUAACCAGAGAAGUUACGACAAACAAUGUGACAAGUUGAUGUGUGCCGGUAGUGAGGUAGACAUAGAUACACCGCCUAAUGCUUUGAUAGACAAAAUAAAGAACGAGUCUAAACACAGCAGACCCGGUACUCCCGACUCUGAGGUUGGGAGCAUUAGCAUAAAGACUUACAAGGACCCAGGAAUAUACCUAGGUUUACCCGGUGAUGAUGAAAUGGUGGCCGAUCAAAGGCAACAGGCAGCUGUCAAACAGCUGGCUUGUGCUAUUUUACAGUUGUCCCACGCUAUAGAACAAAGGUACUUACAAAGACCACUGGGGCCCGAUCAAAAGGACAAAAAAUGGUCGGGCGAGGAAGCACGAGAGAGAUGGGAACAAUCGUUAAUAGCGUCUACGAACUGGUCUCAGUUGUUCGUUCACUUAAGUACCUUGCAUAAUAGUGUCGCGUGGGACAGAAGCGGGUUAAACGCUCAGUGUCGUAUAUGCCGAAGGCGUAGGGAUGCGGAGAACAUGUUGCUUUGCGACGGAUGCAACAGGGGACACCAUCUCUAUUGUCUGAAACCGAAACUUAAUGCUGUACCACCGGGAGACUGGUUUUGUACAGCAUGCAGACCACCGGAGAUAAAACCCAAAGAAAAAGCUAAAAAGCGGAAAAGAUUCGAGGAUGAGCUCGAGGAAGAGACAGUAUUGACCAAAGAGACGCGACACAAUCGCGCGAGGCGCGCACCGCAAAGCGACGACGAGGGCGACCAAGAAGACGAUCAAGACGACGAGGACAGCGAUGAAGAUAUAAACAUACGACUAGAGAACUUAUGCGUGUCGUGUAAAAGCGGUGGGAAGGUGAUUGCUUGUGACACAUGUUCGAAUCGUUAUCACUUGGAAUGCGUAGAACCGCCAUUGUCGAGAGCUCCUAGAGGAAGAUGGUCUUGCACUAAAUGCAAAGCUAAAAGAAGGAACGCAACGAAAGUGAGGGGGCGCGAGAGGGAAAGAGACAAGGAGAGGCUGUGCGCAGCAGCAGCACGCUCUCGCAUCCAUGGCUUUGCCAAGAGCCUCCUCACUACAGAAUCUACAGACUGGGACGAUAGCAGUGCAUCGGAUGACACUGAACCGAGACAAACGCGGCGUGCGACGAAAAGAGCCGCCGAAAUUGAACACGGAGACAAGAAUUCGAUUAGGGGAUCUAUGGCUAAAUUGCAAGAAUUGUUGACCGAUAUCAAGCAUCACAGAGAUUCGUGGCCGUUUCUGUCACCCGUUACGAAGGAUGAAGUUCCGGAUUAUCACGAUAUCAUCUCCAAUCCGAUGGACUUUGGAACUAUCAAGUUCAAACUUAAUAACGGCGACUACGAGACAGUAGAUAAAUUCUUUAGCGAUUGCCAAUUGGUCUUUGAAAACUGUGGAUUGUACAACAAGGAACAUAGUUCCGUAUACAAUUACGUGUAUAGUGCAGGUAUGCGAUUACGCAAGUACUUCGAGAAACGCUGCAAAGAAUUGGACUUGAAUUUCGAUGAAGCACUUUUCCAAGAAGAACCCAAAAUUAAGAGGCCGAGAUUGGUUAGCGAUGACGACGAGGAAGACGGUGCGUCAGGAAGCGAAGACGACGAAAGUGAAGCGCAGAAAAGAAGAUAGAAUGAAAAAGAUUAGAUCUAUACAUAUAUAAAUAUAUAUAUUUCAUUACGAUGUAUACUCAUGAAAUUUAAAUCUAGAGCCGCUCAUAUUUUAUAUAUUUUGAACUCAGCAUAUAUGUGGACUUGUAUACCGAUGUUGAGCGGUCGAAAGAUUCUGUAUGUAGCUCAAGACAUUUGUAAAUUGUAUACUUUGAUUCUUUCGACAGAGUAAUAUAAAAUUACAUUGAUGACAAUUCACGGAAUAGUACAAUUACGAAGAUUUUAUUCUACAGAAUCACCGAUGCAAAUAUAUGAAAAAAAAAAAAGAAAAAUGUCUCUACAGUCGAAUUCUUCGAGGCUUGUAAUAAAGACGGUACGCAGUAUUAUUUGCAUAUACAUAGCCGCACAUAUACUUUUAGAUAUAAUCGCGCACUCAUAGAGCAUUAUAAAACGACAUAUACCAGCCGAUUGGUUUUAUUCGCUUCGAUCAGUACAAGAAUAGCAUUAUUUUCUUUAUAGAUGUAAACAAGGAGAGAUGCUCGAUAUAUUCUCGCAUCGUUCAAUUAUUUAUUUUAACAUUAUUCACGUAAAGCGGCAAUCUAUAUGUACACAUUGCCGUAUAAUUAUAUUAAGAAUCGUUAACUGUAUACAUGAUAAAUCGCACUAUAAAUUUUACUUUUCUCGAAAUCGUCUGUACGCGAGCUUUAAUGAUGAGUACGAGCACAGCUUAAAAAAAAAAAAAAAAAAAGCAUAAGUUAUAAAAGCGUCAUUCAUAAAAAACUUAUGUUUGUAGAUCCAGACAAUAAAAUUGGAUACUUUUGUACUGCG